CUACUGGCAGCACCGUAAUGCCUAUAUUUCUUUGGUUUUCAAUUACGAGUGGCUCUUCUCAGCAAGUGUUCCAUGAUGGUUGAGCCCUUCUUGGGAACCUGGAAGCUGGUCUCCAGUGAAAACUUUGAGGAUUACAUGAAAGAACUGGGAGUGAAUUUCGCAGCCCGGAACAUGGCAGGGUUAGUGAAACCGACAGUAACUAUUAGUGUUGAUGGGAAAAUGAUGACCAUAAGAACAGAAAGUUCUUUCCAGGACACUAAGAUCUCCUUCAAGCUGGGGGAAGAAUUUGAUGAAACCACAGCAGACAACCGGAAAGUAAAGAGCACCAUAAUAUUAGAGAAUGGCUCAAUGAUUCACGUCCAAAAAUGGCUUGGCAAAGAGACAACAAUCAAAAGAAAAAUUGUGGAUGAAAAAAUGGUAGUGGAAUGUAAAAUGAAUAAUAUUGUCAGCACCAGAAUCUACGAAAAGGUGUGA